AUGGCGAUGAUGAUGACUGGCCGUGAGCUGCUGGUGUGUGCCCUCUGCGUGCUGUGGUGCGGUGCCGGUGGUAGGUGUGAUGAAGAGGAGGAUACGGCACUUGUUGUCGGUCCACCUGGUGGUCUUUCGAAUGACGGUAAAGGCGGGCCGGGACCAGCACCAUCUUCACUGCCAGGAACAGGCACAUCGGGUCCACGAUCAAUAUUACCAGAAAGUGAAGUAUCACAAGAAAUAAUUGCAGUAAAAUCUCCGGAAGGAAGCGGAGAAAAAAAAAAUCAAAACGAAGAUGGAGAAGAGGAAAGCGUUGCAGAAGACGGUGAAAAUUCAAAAAAUCAAGAACGGCUUUCAGAGCAGCCAACGCAACAAGAAGUAUCUGACGAAGAAACUCCAGACGAAAAAAGAUUAGAAGAAGAAAAGGAAAAAGAUGUGCAUCAACCGGGAGAGGAAGAAAUGAAACGGACGCAACAGUCACAAUCGCAGCAACCACCGCCACAACAAUCGCAGGUACAAAUAACAGCACCGGCAGAAAGAGGAGGCCCAACUGCACCAACAGGGCCAGCACGGCCACCAGCACCCGCAGAACCAUCAUCAAUGGAUGGAAGUCGAACAACGGAACCAACAGAUUCACGGAAUCCAUCACAAGAAUCGCAUGAUAAGUCACAGUUACAAACCAAAACGGAGUCCAGCGCACCUGAUCCGCCUUUAAAAGAUGAUUUCCCGGAGCAACAUGGUCAAGAAACAACCACACCAGCUUCGAUGCUGAAUUCAUCUCCAGGAAGUCAAGCAAGAAUUACAGCACCAUCGACUUCUACAGGGGGCAGUGGUGAAGCCCAGAGUAAGGUGGAUGAGGAUGAUGCUCAACGGCCCAACCCCAAUGAAUCACACGACAACUCCGAUGCUGGCAAAACCAAAGUUCCCACAACACUCAGUGAGGCAACAACACAAUCAACAGAAACAGUCGCUGCCACCCAAACAAAUCAUACGAAGACUAUAGGCGACAGUGACAGCAGCACCGCGGUCUCCCACACCACCUCCCCUCUUUUUCUUCUUCUUGUUGUUGCGUGUGCGGCUGCGGCUGCGGUGGUGGCCGCGUGA